GCUGGAUUUCUCAUGGAUAUUAUCGGGCCUCAAGUUAGUCUGCGAUAGUAUAUGCUAUACAACUGCUAUCCUUAUACGUCAACCCUGCGGAUUCGAUGCCCAAGUUAUUCCUACAGUCUACGCUCCCCUAAUGCAACGGGGAUAUAUCCAAACCGGACCCCUGUGACCCCUCCUUGAAAAGAAUGACGGGUAUCCGGGAAUAAUUUUACGAGUUACCGAAACAUGGCCGUCGGCGAGUCGAAGGAUGAACGGGACCGAAGAGUUGCUAAACUCUGGAUGCGUCUGGGUGCCAACAAGGAGGAUCACUUGGAUUUCAAUGGGCUAAAGAAGGGCCUGAAAAAGAUUGAUCAUCCACUCAAAAAUGCAGACAGUAUGCUGCGGAACAUUUUACAGGCUGUCGAUACCAAUGGCGAUGGGUUCAUAGAUUACUCUGAAUUUCGGGCCUUCAUCGACCGUACCGAGCUUGAGCUCUCGCAGCUUUUUCAGAGUAUUGACCACAACCACAACGGAGAGAUCGAUAAGAAUGAGCUCAAGACCGCGUUCGCAAGCUCUGGCGUCACGGUAUCGAACGCCAAGCUUGACGAAUUCUUCGCGGAUGUAGACACGAAUAAGGAUGGAGUCAUUUCUUAUCCCGAGUGGAGAGACUUCCUUCUCUUUCUACCCGCCUACGCAUCCUACGACCUGCACGCUGUCCUCUCAUACUACACGGCAACCGGAAAUCUAAACCCGGAAGGAGAUGUCCACAUCAACGAUCUGCAGGGUUUAGGUAUAGACCCUUCGUUUCUUAGACAUUAUAUUUUGACCAUCAAAAGUUUUUUGUACAAUAUUUUCCCAGCACACAUUUUGACGACAUUUAUCCCAUCAGCCUAUGCGGAAGCUGCGCUAUCACGGUCCCAGUCUGCGUUUGAGAGUGAUCCCAUCUCCUUUGAUGGUGACUUGGAAUUGGAGUGGCUUCCCAUACCCAGGACUGUCGCCAUGUGGAUGUCCUUUCGAUAUUAUGAACAGAAGUUGACCGAAAAUACUCCUCAAUUAGGUUAUUUUCUUGCUGGUGGCAUGGCAGGUGCCGUGUCCAGGACAGCCACAGCACCGUUUGAUCGUCUCAAAGUCUAUCUUAUUGCGCAGACCGGAUCGAAAUCGCCGGCUGUCCGAACUGCGAAAGAUGGAGCUCCGUUGAAAGCUGCAGGCAAGGCAUCGAAAACCCUCCGUGAUGCGGUUAAGGAGCUAUGGCGGGCAGGGGGUAUCCGGAGCUUGUUUGCAGGCAAUGGGUUGAAUGUAGUAAAGGUUAUGCCCGAGUCGGCAAUUAAAUUCGGGGCCUAUGAGUCUGCAAAACGUGCUUUUGCUCGUCUCGAAGGACACAAUGAUCCGAAACACCUUAAGCCGACAUCGCAAUUUCUGUCCGGAGGAUUUGGUGGAAUGGUUGCACAAUGCUUCGUCUACCCCCUUGACACUUUGAAGUUCCGAAUGCAAUGCGAAGUUGUAGAAGGCGGCCUGAAAGGUAACCAGCUCAUUGUGGCAACCGCACGAAAGGUGUGGAACAAAAAUGGCCUGUUCGGAUUUUUCCGCGGGUUACCUCUUGGUUUAAUUGGAAUGUUCCCUUAUGCCGCCAUUGACCUAACCACAUUUGAAUACUUAAAACGUGCCCUGCUUGCCCGAAAGGCUCGGUUGCACAACUGUCACGAGGACGAUGCUCCUCUCAGCAACUUCACUACAGGUGCCAUUGGCGCCAUUAGCGGAGGUUUUAGUGCCUCUAUUGUCUAUCCAUUGAAUGUCCUCCGAACCCGAUUACAGGCCCAAGGCACUGUCCUUCACCCUAUCACAUACGAUAGCAUUGGCGAUGUUGCCCGGAAGACGAUCCAAACUGAAGGUUUCCGUGGAUUUUACAAGGGUCUAACGCCUAAUCUUCUCAAAGUUGCGCCUGCCGUAUCCAUCAGCUACGUUGUCUACGAAAAUUCAAAGCGAAUGCUUGGGCUGAAAUAAAGACGUGCAGCUGUGCACGCCUCACUUCCAAUCAUUUACAAGCUCAUGCCACUUGGCUCUUUUUACCUUCUUGCUGGCUAUUUACAAGCGUUUACUGAGAUACCCUUAAAUCCAGUUGCCUUACGCACGACGCCAUGAUCCCUUAAGGAUGGAAGUUGAGGAGGUUUCUUCUUUCCGUUCGUUGAAACCACAGCGGACGAAUGCAGCUUCUUUCCCGCCACCCUUACCAUCCUAAUCAUUCUCUUACCCGCCCAUACAAUUGCUUUGUUUCCUUGAGUUAGACCUGUUUGUUUCUGGCAUUUCGAGAUUAUCAUCUCCUCCAAUAGCCAAUUGUUUUGGGUUGGAUUGCCACAACAGACCCCCACACUCGCAUGGCAAGGCGUCGUGCGGUAAAGCAUAUAAUGGAGUUUUUGUUACCUUUUUUUUUUUUUUUUUUU